AUGCCUACAAUGAUGGGCAGUGAGAACAGCCAUUUUGUUGAUUAUUGUUAUGAUGAAAUGAUUGGUCAUGGAAAUAUUGAGGAUUGUGAGCUUGAUGAAGCUGUCUUUGAGUUCUACAAGAAAGAGAAAAUCAAGCAACUAAAGAGCAAGCUUACACCAGCUGAGUUGAAUGUUAUUGUGAAUGAUAAGAAAAGUCUUGGUAUAAACAAGCAUGAAGUAAAACAUGGUUUCAGUCGUGUAUCAGCAAAGUAUUUCAGUGAAGUCAUUGAGGCAUUAACCCCUGAUCAGAGAAAGGUGAUAUCUAAUUAUGGCUUUGGUAGUUUACUCAUGUAUGAGAAAUGUGUGAUUCCAACAAAAUUUAUCAACUGGCUCGCUCAUCAAAUUGAUGUCCGCACAUCUGAGAUAGUUAUGAAUGGUAAAUUCAUACAUUUCAACAAGGUGUCAGUCCACAAAGUGCUUGGCGCUUCUAUUGGUGGUGAUCUUUUGAUUGUUGAUUGUGAGGCUGGCGAAGCUUUUGUUUUAUCCAAGUUCAAUCUGACCAAGCUACCACCUGUCAGUUUUUUUGGUGACAAGAUAAAGAAUAAUGAAUCAUUGCCUGAUGAUGAUAUGUUUAUUUGUUUCAUGAUGGUUGCCUUAUCAUGCUUCCUCUGCCCUGAUCCUAGCGUGUAUCCAAGCACCAAAUAUAUGAUUGCAUUCAAGGAUUUAAGUCGUUUCCAAAAUAUUGAUUGGUCGUUAUACAUAUAUGAAUGGUUGAUUGGAGCAGUUCGAAAAUUCUGCUUUGGUUGUUGGGAAGUCUUUGAGAUCUAUCCAUACUUUUGGUGGUUGCUCAUAUGUCCUUGCUGUCUUAUAUCUAGACUGCCUCAAUUUUGGUACUUUUGAUGUCACUCGAAUGACUCCAAGAAUCUUGGUAUGGAAAGGUUCAAUGAUCAAGCAUUAUUCUGAUUUAGAUGAGUUAAAUGCGUACCAAUAUGGCAAAAGAUGUUUUCGGGAUAUUAUUGAUACUUUGUAUUGUGAGACAAAUGAUGUUGAUUAUAAUGCUUCCGAGCACACUUCGUACACCCCAUCGGCUUCUGGUUUCAGAUCAAGACUUGAGUGUUUGUUUGGUAGAAUGUUGAAUACAAAGGUAUUGAAUUUUUUUCAUUUUUUAUAAUGAAUAUCACCACCACCUCCUGAGAUUAUAAUUAAUAUUUUUUACAAGUUUGUAUGUCUUUUUAAUAGCAAAUUGAUGGAAUUUGCGGUAUAUUUGAUGCUGAUUGUACUAAGAUCCCAAGGAAGCAACAGAAACAUUCGGAAAAGUUGAUAUUUCAGAUGCUUAAUUUGUUUGCUGAGUUCAUUCAAAAUCCAAGUAACAAAGCUAAUGAUAACACUAAAGAAAAGUUUGCCACCACAAGUGUUGUUAAUCCUUUACAAUGUAAGCAUGUUCAAAAUCCAAUUGUUGUU